AUGUAUGGAAUAUUUGGAGGUACUGUAGAGCUGCAGAUUGAUGAAGAAAGAGCAAAGGUAGCCUUUGUAGAAAGACGGAAGCAACAAGAAGAAGAAGAACAAAGAUUUAGAGAACAAUGUCUGCAGCAGAGGAGAAUUAAACUUCAGGAAUUAACUGAUAAGUUCCAGCGGGCUCAUCUGCCUUUUUCUGGGCACAAGCAAAUAGUCCAGACAAAAGCAACUCCUUCGUUAGAAGAAGCUCUUGCACAAAUUAGAGGAUCAGCUUUAACACCAGGACUGUGUUCGCCCAGCAGAAGCAAAACCAACAUCAGAACCACAGGUGACACUUCAUCCUCGUCAGCAUCUGGAAAUGGUUCUUUCCACCAGAAGCAGAUUGUGGCAAUGGUUGACGGCGGUAAAACAAUACAAGAAAGCAGUAGAAUGAACAUGGAUUGUAACCAACUUAUCUUCCAGACAAAGCUGAAAGAAAUGCAACAACUCCUUGAAAAACAGCAUCUCAGCAACUUGGAGAAUGUUCCUCAAGAAGUCAAUGAAACAGAUGAUUCAGGAAGCCUGACAAGCCUUGACAGUCUUGAGGCUGGAGAACAAAAUGGAAAUUACAGAACACCGAGUAGAUCAUCUUUGACUACACAGUGUGACUGUGCCCUGUACAACCCCCAAAAAUCACAGACUAGGAAUAAUGGUUUGCUUCAUACAGCUCAAAGUACUUCUUCUAAACAUAUGCAUCUAAAUAACUGCCCGGGAAAUGUAGAUUCGCAACACUACCACAACUUACCUAUUCAUGAUGUUUUAGCUAAACGCAAUGUUCUAACUCCUGUUGAGCAUGUAGGCAAUUCAGAAAAGGAAUCAUCUGCUUCCCACAGAUCUGGAAACAAACAUGCAGAGUUCUCUACCUCUGGUAAGCAAGAAAGCUCUUUUUUUCUACAAAACAUAGAAGAAGAAAGAAGCAAGCCAUAUUCUGGAACAGCUAGCACAUUAGCCACUUCUAGUCCUGUUUUCCAUCCUAGCAAAGACUGGGCCAGCCCUGAUUCUAUUCCAGGAGAAGGAGUUCAAGAUCUGAUGCAAGAUCAGAGUUUUAAAAUGACCCCACAAAAAAGAACUAUAGCUGUGGAAACCUCCAGUCAACUUAUUGCAACAGCUAGAACAUUAUUUCCUAAUCAGGGAUGUUCUGCUGGCAUUCCCAGCACAGCUGAUACAUUACCAAAGGACAAAAACAUCAGAGCAGAGUUUUCAAAAAAUACCUCAGGAAGAGUGACUGAAACAAAAGAAGCAAAUAUUAAAUGUAUUGAUGACAUUAAUCCAGGAUCAUCUUUAUUUCAAGACACACCAAAUGCCUCAGUUUUGUGUGAUGUUAAGCAACAGAAUGACGAAGAGGAAGAAAAGAGAAAUAUGGUUGAAACUAUGUUACUGGUGUCUGAUACAGAGUUCAAUUCUGGCACUGCUGCACUGCACAAAACCCUGAAAAACAAUAUUCUUGAAAGCAAUCCAGCAGAGUUAUUCAGCAGUAUCUUAAAGAAGAAUGCUAAAUACAAACCCAGUAAUUUCAAAGAUGUGGUUACGAACCAAGGGACCAGUUUUGGAACUCGACUCAUGUCUUCUGUCAGAGACAGUAUAGAACUGGCAAAGAUGAAAAAGGACAAUGCAGAAAAUGAAAAACGCAAUAGAAGUCUAAGAUGGUGUGAUGAUAUUAGGGAGAUAAUAAUAGAAACUAAUGAACAAUGCGAUGAAAAAAACACCAGUGGAAUACCUUCUGCACAGCUGCAAUAUGUUCAAACUACAAAUAAUGCUCCUAAGACUACUAAUCUAAGUAUUGUUGCUCAACCUUCAAACUCCAUGUUCAUAAAAAAUCAUCAGGAAAGGUCUCAUAUAUCAAACCCAAAUGUUAAUACUGAAGAAUCAAAUAAAGAAUGCACGUCUCAGAAUAUAUCUACUGGAUCAGUUUCUGCUAAAAAUGCUUGGAUGGUAUCAAAAGUUGAAAAAAGUAAACCCCCAGUAUGUAGUAAUAAUGCUAAAAUUAAUGAUGAUAACCAACUCAAAAAUAUGGCAAAAAUUGCUAGAACAACAACAUCUGUAGGAGCCCAGUCAACUUUUAUGCCAAAGAAGAGAACAGGCACUAUAAUCCAACCGCAGUUGGUCACUGGAGACAACAAAACUCGAAAAGCUCCAGGGAAAUUGCUAGUACCUCACCCACCAUCUGUACCUCUGCUGGGAAAUCGAAGUGGCAAAAACGCAGCUAGCCCUGGGUGUCAGCCACUGCUGUCUUCCAGUCUUCAAGCUACCACUACAAGCAGGAAUGAUUUAAAUGAAAGGCAUGUUGUGUUAGCAGAUAAGGUUUUAAAUAGAAACAGUACAAAAACCAAGGGGAGUAUUACUUAUUCUAACGUGGUCACUGCCAGAUUUACACCUGCCUGCACCACAGCCAAAUACAAACUGUGGCCACAAAAUACUUGUUCUGUAAAUAGUGUUCAGACAAGCGCCUGUCAAGAUUGUUCCGUAACCUGCUCUGAAAGAAGACUUGCUAACACAGAAAACAGAUUACAUCUCCAUCAUAUCCCAGCAUCUGGAAAAACAAGUACCUCCUGCCAAGGAGCGCAUACUGCCCGAACUCAAAAAAACUCUGCUACUG